AUGUCAAAUAGAGAAAGAAGAGGUGUCCGGGGCCCUAAUUCUGCCCUUACUGAGUUCCUCAGAAAUGAAGGUAUUACUGAUGCAUUCAGACGAAGACGCGAGUUGCAACAAGACGAUGAUGAGGUUGAAGCUGAACCAGAAGCUGAACAAGUACAACAAGAAGAAUCUGAAGAUGACGAGGAAGUUCGAGAAAUGAAACGCGCUGCUGCCCUCAAGCGUGGCCGUGAUUCUGACUCCGAAGACGAGGACGAACACGUCCCAUUCAAGAAGUUUGGUGAAAUUGACCAUUGCGUAGAUUGUGGAUCUGAAUUCCACCUUUCGGUAUAUUCGCGUUUCAUCAACUCCAAAUCAGGCUACUUGUGUGAAAACUGUAACUCUCAACUACUUCAACGUGAACGGCAAGCGCGUAUCAACCAACUUCAGGCUAGAAAGCAAAGGAAACGUAUAGCACAAGCUUUGCUUAAUAGAACUACAGUGUCCAAGAUCCCCAAGCUACAAGACGUGUGCAUACGCGAGAUUAUUCAACACAUCAACGAGGUUGAGGUUCUUGGAGAUAUUGGUAAUCUCAAUCGUGCUAAAAUCUCCCAGAUCUUAUCCAAGAAUCGUCAACUUACUUCGAAAACCGUUGAUUUGUUUCUUACCCCUGAUUUAACCAGUUUGGAAUUAUGGGAUUGUUCAAAUAUAGAUAGCGCAGGAUUAGACAGGAUCGCGUCUUAUUGUCCUAAUUUACAAAAGUUGACUUUGUUCAUGUGUGGACAACUUCACAAUGAUAAUUUGAAAUAUUAUGCUGAGAAAUUAAAAAAGUUGACCAGUUUAAAACUCAAUGGACCUUUUCUUAUUUCUGAGCUGGCAUGGCUGGAAUUCUUUGAUAUAAUGGCACCCCAACUCGAAGAGUUUGAAGUAAGAAACACCCAUCGAUUCAGCAGUGACUCGUUGAUCUCCUUGAUCACUCAAGCUCCAAAGUUGUCCAGUUUGAAACUAUCUCGAUUAGAUGGGAUUACUACCAGUGAAGCAUAUGGACUCAUUCCCCAUUGUGUGUCCGAUCUUGCUGAAUUUGAAGUGUCAUAUACCCCCCACAUGAAUGAUGAGUCUAUAUCCAAUCUACUCGCAAUUACGGGACCUACAUUAGUAUCAUUGAACUUAGAUGGAUGUACGAGCUUAACAGAUACAUUCCUUCCAUCUUUACAAAACUGCACAAAUUUAACCACACUUUCGCUUAGACAAGUACCAAUCACAGACACUGAAUUUGCAAAAACAUUAAAGCAGUGGAAUGGCACAAGUCUUCAGAAUGUCGAUUUAUACAAAUGUAUCGACCUUGGUGAUGCAGCAAUAUAUGCUCUUCUCAAUCAUUCACACUCGACCCUUAUUGAGCUCAAUCUAAAUUCUAUCCCACUCACACGAGAUUUGUUAACUCAAGUGUUAACAGAAGAUGACCAUCCAAUCAAGAAGCAUCUACGCACAGAAGAGAAACAAUGGUAUAAAAAAGUGAACUUGCCCUUGCUUACGUAUUUGGACUUGGGUUUUGUUCGACUGGUGGAUGAUGAAGUAGUGGCUAUGGUGGGAGACGAAUGUAAGUCACUUCAUAUAUUGGAAGUGUACGGCGAUAAUCGCUGUACCAUUAGAGGGAAAGUAAGGUCAGGGUUGAUUGUAAUUGGUAGAUUGUCUUAA